GAAUUAUACUCGAGGAUCCUUGACGAUGGAUAGAUUAAAGCACAUCGUCCCGAUCUCAAGAAAGCUUGACCAUCAUAUUACACAACCUGGGAAGCUUGGACCUGAUAGAGAUAAAAGAACGAAAGGCUCUUCCAGCUUCAGUAAUUGUCCCGUCUCUUGACCCUCCGAUCGCUAUUGCCAACUGUUUCUUAGCCCUGGUCAGCAAUGUGAAGAGGGAAAGAUGUUAUUUUUCCGAGUGGGGGACAGGCCAUUGCCGACCCAAGAAUUUCUUGAUUGGCCGUACGGCCAUGGGUGACAUCAAGGUUCUAGAAAAACCCAAGAGCUGUCUGGGGACACGUCGUUGUUUCAUUGGAUGGAGGGAGGUGAAGAAAAUUAAAAAGGGAACCUUUUUGUGAUUAUGGGGUCUGCCUUUGUUCACAUGACCACAAACUGUUCGAUGAUUGGCCUGUAUAAGACUGGACGCUCCAAUUAUGUCGCGGGUUGGGUUGGCUGGCUCCCUAUGUAGCUUCCCUAGUUUCUUGUUAGCUUUUGAACGCAUGUGUAAGGUGGCCUUGUGGGUGAUCCCCGGCGGGACCACGUUAUUGUGCUACCUGUUUGUGAAAAUUUUAGAGCUUGAACGAGAUUUCAACGGCUGGUUGGUGGAUAAAAUCUCCUUAACUUUUGCUGGGGCCGGUGAUGGUUAUGCUUAAAAAAAAAAAAGGUCUCGCUAAGCAACAAAAGUGACUUGCCCAUGAAAGUAACAUUGUCAGCAAAAGCGACCCACUAGUAUAGAAUAUGGGUUUUCUUGAUUAAACUAUGAGAAGCAUCGAUGUCAAAUGGAGGCGGCGUUUUCACAUCAGCAUAUGUGGGGGAAAUUGCGUUGGGCAAGAGCUAUAAGAUUGAACAAGCACAAGGUCUUCUUCUUCAGAGGGAGGAGCGAAAGGGGUAACUUUGGUCGCCAUCUAAGGGGUUCUCCAACUUGCUCUUUCAAUCUGAAAGAAGCUUCAUCAAUGGAAAUAACUACCAUGAGAGGACUCCCGGAUAUGGGAAUGGAGGAUUCCGGCUUCAUCAAUCCUUGGCAAAUGCAUUCAUUUGAUGAGCUUAACACACUUCCGCUGGCAGCUGCACUCGGUGAACAUAUGCAAGGCUUUUCCCCUCAAUCUAACAUCAAUUACAAAGCUUCGGUGGAUGCUUCUAACUCCGUGAUCAACAGGCCAGUAAAACAGCUCAAAACAAAUAGCUGGAAUUCAUGCAGAGUUGAUCCUGUGUCAACUCCUCAAUAUUUUGCUCCCUCCAAUGUUCUUUCUUUCGUUGCUUCCAACUUCACAAAUCAAAGUAGUGUUGUGAAACCUAAAGAGGAGGCAAUCGGUUCAAAGGGCACUGGAAACGUCUCUGCUGAUAUGCUUUUUCCUCAGGGUUCAUUUGGGAACCAGAAUUAUGUACUCAAGGCUUGUAAUGGGGGUAAAAGGGUAAGUACAAAUAAUAGGCUAUCUCAGACGCAAGAUCACAUCAUGGCAGAGAGAAAACGGCGAGAAAAGCUCAGUCAACGGUUUAUCGCCUUAUCUGCCCUUGUCCCUGGACUCAAGAAGACGGACAAGGCUUCCAUUCUUGGUGACACAAUUAAGUACUUGAAGCAACUCCAAGAAAGAGUCAAGAUACUUGAGGAGCAGACUCGAAAGAGAAGCAUGGAGUCAGUAGUCUUUGUGAAAAAAUCUCAGGUAUUUGAUGAUGGCAUGAAUUCUUCUACAGACGAGAAUUUCUCUAGUGGCCCUUGUGAUGAGCUGCUACCAGAAGUUGAAGCAAGAAUCUGCGACACCGAUGUCCUCAUAAAAGUUCACUGUGAGAAAAGUAAGGGAGUUCUGGAAAAGAUACUUGGAGAAGUUGAGAAACUCCAUUUGAUCAUCAUUAAUAGCAGUUUCAUGACUUUUGGGACAUCUGCUGUUGAUAUUACCAUUCUUGCUCAGAUGGAUCCUGAAUUCUGCAUGCCAAUGAAGGAUCUCGUAAAAAAUCUGCGCACAGCUUUCAAGUCAUUCAUGUGACGGAAAAAUAACUCCUUGCUUCUGUUCAUAUACAGAAUAACCGCCAUUAGCUUUGAGGACAAGGAAGAAUCCAUUCAAACAAUUUCGAUAUCGUCUAUAUUAAUCUGUUUACAAGGCCUGUGAUGCUCUGUGCUCCAAGACCAUUUACCAUCAGCGUAUUGUUUGCCGUGAGAUUCAUUUUGCAGGAGGGUCCUCCAUCUGAUUUUUGCGUGGUCAAUCUGUUGAUCACGUUCAUGGCCAUCCUGUUCAAGAUUGUUCUUUCUCAUGGCUCUUUAAGGUUUUUAAGUGGGAGGUUGAUAGUUCAACCAAACUGUUGUUUCUCUCUGAAGAGACUGGUUUUUUAGGUGUGGGGAGCUCGUGGCCUUUUGUUUCUGUACUUGGUUCCGUCAGUGUCUUAGAGGCAUCUUUCAAUGUUGAUGAGCCUCUUUGCCUUGUAAUAGUUUGCUUCAAGGUAGUGAAAAUAAAGCAGAUGCCUUGGUUGUAUUUC